AUGCCGAUCGUCCGCCGCGUCAAGCCUUCGGACCUCUUCCACAUGAACCACUGCAACUUGGACCCCUACACCGAAAACUACGACAUUGGCUUCUACAUGUCAUACCUGAUGAAAUGGCCCUCUAUGUUCCAGUGCGUCGAAGAACAUGGCAAGAUCGUCGGCUACAUCAUUGGCAAGGUCGAAUCUUCCCCUCCUCACCUACAGCACUCGCCUCAUUACCUUCCCUGGCAUGGCCAUGUCACUGCCCUGACCAUUGCCCCAGAGUACAGGCGACUAGGGUAUGGCAAGCUGCUGACGGAGGCGUUGGAGAGGGCGUGCGACGCACAAAACGCAUGGUUCGUGGACCUGUUCGUGCGGAUGAGCAACAAGAACGCGAUCAAGAUGUAUGAGAGUAUGGGGUACUCCACGUUCAGGGUGGUGGUGGAUUACUAUGCGGAUAAUCUGGUAGAUCCGUCCGCUGGGGUCGGUGAGAGUGCACUGGAUAUGCGGAAGCCGUUGUCGAGGGAUGCGAAGCGAGAGCAUGUGAGGGAGGACGGGAUGAAGCACAGCGUGUUUCCAGAGGACGUUUUUUGA